UAUUUACCUUGAGGGCUAGUUCUAUUAUUUAGUAGCUCUUCUUGAUCGUCAAGAUUGUAGGCGUCACACUUGUCUUCCGUGGCAUACAUGCUGCACAACUGUCCCUCCUAGCCUAGUCCGUGUAAAUUUAUCGCAUUGGCACGCGUCCCUUCUGGCUACAUUGGCCGACGUCUUAUACGUUGUACCCGUGGCAAGACAUGCUUUCUGAUGGGAUCGAGCCGUUAUUCUAGCCCGCUGCGUGCAAUAAUAGCGGCCCUAAGUAACUUCAGCAGUGAUGCGGGCCGCUGGGCAUUGGCCUCGAGGCUGCAAAGCAAUGCUUCUGUGAGUACAAUUUCACAAGCCCUGAAGAUCGGAACCUGUCCUGUUGAGUCACGACAUGCACACAGAAAAAGAACUAGAAUGCAUGUACAUAAGACUGACCCCGGUGAACCCUCCCGUUCUUUUUUUGGUUUCGUUCCUCGAACUAUGAGAUUGGUAAGAGCUCAACUGAGUUACCAUGGAUGUACAGUCGAUCAGUCGAUCGAUCACCGCAUGGCCUACUUACGGACACGGUGCAGCUGUAUCGAAGGGCAGGUUGCACGAGUCGCACUCAGAAUUACUUACCAGGGUCGAUUUUGCGGUGUAUUACAUGUACCCUUCUAUUAUGUAAUCACAUUCGAUCCACACGCGUCCUGUCUUUCGGACGUGUCGGUAGACUGUAGGUUUAUGGGCAAACUUGACUGUUUCUCUCCGCGCAGGCCAGCUCCUUCCGAUAUCAAACAGUAUAAAGUCGAUCCCUCUCAAGACACGGUCAUGCCCACCUUAAUACACCACCUCUUUUUGAGACUCCUCACCAGUCUUGGAAUGGCUUCACAAUUCCGAACUCCAGUGGAUGGUCUAUUCGAAGAUCAGAUGUCCCACUUCACCACCAGCUGGUGGGAGCGUGUUAUUCGAGGAGACGAUAACGCAGCACGAUGUUACGUUGAGAAGGUCUGCUGGCACAAGCAAUCUUCUACUGUGCAACAUGAGUUCCUUCAAUUCGAUAUACUGUCUAUGGAUGGACGCUACAAGUCAACCGUCGUAGCUGAGCGGGGAAAAGAUCGUACCAAUUCAGAUAGAACGCGAGAAUUUGCCACGCGCUCUCCCCCUACAGACACUACCGUUACUGCGAACCAUCCCACUGUCACGGACCCCACUGCUACUGAAAACUUCCCAGCGGUUGUGAUCCCCGCCUCUUCUGCGAAUGUUGCCCCUUCUGCGGACUCCACAGCACCAGGUCACAACGGUAACAUUUUGUCUUCAUUAGGUUCAAGUAAACCAUCCAUUGAAGCGGAUGACACCGUGUAUUCCGCGGCGUUCGGCAGUCCAGGUGCCAUUAAAUUGGCCGUGAAGUGUACCGCCGCAAUUUGUCUUCGUACGCUGACGUUCCCCAAAGGCAGUGUUCGACCAUCUGCCCAUGAAUUGUCGACGCUGCUCGCUGUGACAUCGAAUCACAUACUGGUAUACAAUUUGAUUGAAAGCCAGUGUUACUGGUUCUCCGAGACGGUUUUUAAGGCACUCAAGUGCCUAUUUCCGCACGCGAGAGAAGAUAUCCAGUCGGAUCGAGCGGGGAGAUGGCGUGGUGUGGCGAUACCAACUGCUGAGAGUGUAGACGCGGUGUGUGCUGAAUAUCGUGCAAAAAACACUUGUUUGCUGGAGGAAGCUGAACGAAAACGACGAACUGGGCAGCAGAUUGUGGAAGAGCGUGAUCAGGCUUUGGCAGAGCGAGAUGCUAUGGCAGAAGCUUUGGCAGAAGCUUUGGCGGAGCGGGAUCGGGCUAUGACGGAAGCUCUAGCGAAGCAAGCACAAUUGGAGGCGCAACUUAGUCGGAUGAGGGAAGGCUUCAGGGAAUGA